GCAUACCGCUGCACCCUGACCUUUUUAAAGGGUCAAUCUGGGAUUGGGAUCCAUCCUGCUGGAACACGGACAUCCUGGAUGAGUAGUGAGCAGUGAUGAGUGACAGGGAGGCAGUCCAGGCCCAUGUCCUUCUGUCAUCACAGGGUCACCAGACAGCCCUCCACCGAGCAGCCAUGGUGGGGAACAGUGAUAUCAUAGACGGACUCAUCAAGGGAGGCUGCGCUCUAGACCUGCAGGACAAGGACGGCAACACGGCGCUCCAUGAGGUCUCGUGGCAUGGCUUCUGUCAGUCAGUCAAACUGUUGGUCAAGGCUGGAGCUGACGUUCACGCCAGGAACAAGGCAGGAAACACAGCUCUCCACCUGGCCUGUCAGAAUGCCAAUGCUCAGAGCGCCCACGUGCUGCUGCUGGGAGGCUCCAGACCAGACAUCAAGAACAAUGUGGGGGACACCUGUUUGCAUGUGGCAGCACGCUACAAUCACCUGGCCAUGAUCAAGAUUCUGGUGGGCGCCUUAUGCUCUGUUACGGAGAAAAACCUGCUAGGGGACACUGCUCUCCAUGUGGCAGCUGCCCUAAACCACAAGAAAACUGUUCAGCUCCUCCUGGAGGCAGGGACUGACGGCAACGCACGAAACAACGCAGGGAAGACUGCCCUGGACAAGGCCAGAGACUACAACCACAAAGACGUGUCUCUCCUGCUGGCCAGAGCUCCUCAGGUUCACUGUUUCACUAGAGAAAGGACGGUGAGGAAGAAAAGGGACCGGCUGAAAGCAGAACGCAGAACCCAGUCUGUCACUAGAGAAGAAAUUCUGCCCAACAAGGACAGUGGGUACAUGGCUGAGGCGUCUCACGGUAGUGAGCGUAGGGCCAGCAGAGCAGGGCUGCCUCACCAUCAUCACCACCGCCUUCACUACAGUAAAACAUCAGUCACCCCAACCAGCCCUUACCACAGAAGGAGAAGACAUAAGCUUUUCAAAGAACAGGCCUUGGCAGAGGAUACUCCGAGAAGAAGAAUGAAUGGCCAUCCCGAACUCCACAGGAAGAGCAGACUGUGUACACAUGAUGAAGCCCCUCCGCCUCACAACGGCAAAACCUAUCAGCUAUACACCCUGUACCGCGACAAGGACGGCAAUGUCAAACAGGCCCCAGCCAAUGGCUGCCACUGUAAGCCCCUGAUCAAGAGGCUAGAGGGAGAGCUGAACGCCACUAAAGAGGAGAUGAGGACACAGAUGCUGACAGUUCAGGAGCAAGUCUAUACUAGGCUUGGGAGGAUGGACCGCAAGAGCAUACACCAGGCCUGUCUGCUACCAGUCAAUUCAAUUCAACUUUGUUGCACACAUGGCUUUUUCUGUCUCAUACAGAAAGAUAAACUGCAAGUACAGCCUGUAAACCUCCACUCGAAUUUGUGUGGAAAUGACAUGAAUGACAUACAGAUACUUAAUUUGCUGCAACAACAAUUUUUCAACCCCUUUUUAUCACCAUAUUCCCCCUAUAACAUCAAAGUGCUGGACAUGUUGACCCAGGAGAGGGUGGCAGCAGAGAGGAUGGAGUGUCUCUACAGGAUGGACCAGACAACUGCCCAGGGCAGAGAGGAGGCACAGAGGAGACAGCAGGCAGCAGCAACCCAAGAGUUGAAGAGGUGGUGCAUGACUCAGAUCCAGGAUAUGGACCUCCACCCCCAGUACUACAAGCUGCUCCCCUCUCCGUCUGUGGGGGACGAUGGAGACUCAGAGAGCCUCCCCCUGCUCUCUGUCUUCUCUGGGGACAGCAGCAGCUCUCUGGCUAACUACGUCAACCUGCUGUCAUGCCCUUCACCCUCGCCUUCAAUCACCCACAAUGCACCACACAGUCCGGCAAUGGAUCAGGGCCAGGGGUCGGGCAGGAAGUACUUUGAGCUGAAGCUGGACAGAUCACCAGAUGACGACCAGAACACUACUCUUCUCCCUCUGCUAGCUCACCGCCAUCACCCAGGAAUCCUCCUGAGCUCUACCGCCACCCGGUGUCAGCAUCCAGAACUGCUCGACAAUCACAUUCCGGGGCUGAUCUGGGAUGGCUGCUCCAGCAGCAGCCAGUCUCCCAGCAGCAACUGGAAGCAGGGCCGGGGCCAGGACAGCCAUGGCUGGCACCACAAGAAGCACCUCCGGGACCGGAUCAGGACGCGCGGCCUGAUGAGACCACCCAGUGUCGGGACCAGGACCCUAGAGUUCUUCAUGGACAGACCCCCUGAGCCCACAUUCAGUCAGGAGAGAAACAACCUACACGCCAUGGAGGUGACCCAGAGGUUCUUUGAGACAGUGUCCACUCAGCUGGAGUGCUGGUAUGAGAGGAAGAUCCAGGAUGCCAAGCGGCAGGCAGAGCUAAGGGCACAGCAGGACAGGGCCGAACUCCUACAGCGAAUUAGAAGCCUGGAGGAGGAGCUUGAACAGCUCAGGAUGACCAAUGGGAGCACAGACAGUUGAUGCCAACCGGGCUGACAUCAUGAGUUUGAGCAGAGGAAGAGAUGAAGCGAGAGGGUUUACUUUGCCCAAAAUCUGUCCACGAAAAUAAGACCGCAAAGUGAGGAAUUUUUUAUGGAGGACAAUGAGUCGAAUUUGGAUAAGAAAAACUUGAAUUGCUUACUUGAUCAAAUAAAAGUUUCAAAAUGGUUAGGUUGUUAUGAAUGCACUGAUAUAAGUGAACGCAUGUGGCAUUUCGCCAACUAAAAAAAAAAAAAACUUCAUCUCAGUUGCGCCUUUUGUUCACACGCGUAUCUGCCCUCUCAUUGGCUAGAAUAGUCCCACCUGAUCUCGUCUCCUUUGGCCUGCCUUCCAUCAAAGACAAUACAGUGCUUCCAUCUUUGAGGACACUUAUUACCAAUGUUAGUGGUCACUCGACUAUCUUGUCAAUAUAAUAGAUUUUCUUUGGUUUGACCCUUACCUUAACCUAAUUGUAACCAAUUUGAAAAUGAAAUAUCACAUCUGCUACGUCCCCUUUGUUUUUCCCAUUUAUUGCUUAUACAGUGCCUUGCAAAAGUAUUCAAUCCCCUUGGCGUUUUUUUCAAUUUUAUUCCCUUACAA